CUGGCUCCACAUACGCCCCUGAUGGACAAGUGUUUCAUGAGGGUAAACCAGUACAAUGCUCCCAGUAUGAUGCACUGGUUGAAAUGGCCACCAUCUGUGCUUUGUGCAAUGACUCGUCUCUGGAUUUCAAUGAGGCCAAAGGUGUGUAUGAGAAGGUGGGUGAAGCCACAGAGACUGCCCUCACAUGCCUGGUGGAGAAAAUGAACGUGUUUGACACACAACUGAAGGGCCUUUCCAAAGUUGAGAGGGCAAACGCUUGCAACUCGGUCAUCAAGCAACUGAUGAAGAAGGAAUUCACUCUGGAGUUCUCCCGAGACAGGAAGUCCAUGUCGGUCUAUUGCACUCCCAACAAAGCUCGCUCCUCCAUUGGCAAGAUGUUUGUUAAGGGUGCUCCAGAGGGAGUGAUUGACAGAUGCACGCACAUUCGUGUAGGUGGGAAUAAGGUUUCACUGACAGCAGCCAUGAAAGAGAAGAUCACGUCUGUGAUCCGUGAGUACGGCACAGGACGUGACACACUACGCUGUCUGGCUCUGGCCACCCGCGACAACCCAUUGAGUAAAGAGAGUAUGGCAGUGGAGGACUCAAGCAGAUUCAUUGAGUAUGAGACGGACCUGACCUUCGUGGGAUGUGUGGGCAUGCUGGAUCCACCCAGAACUGAGGUGGCAGCUUCCAUCAAACUUUGCCGUCAAGCAGGCAUCCGAGUCAUUAUGAUCACCGGCGACAACAAGGGUACGGCCGUUGCCAUCUGCAGGCGCAUUGGAAUCUUUGGAGAGGAUGACGAUGUGUCAAGUAUGGCCUACACUGGUCGAGAGUUUGACGAUCUGUCUGCUGCCACCCAGCGCGAGGCAGUACUUACUGCCCGUUGCUUUGCCCGUGUCGAGCCAUCUCACAAAUCCAAGAUUGUGGAGUACCUGCAGUCCUAUGAUGAGAUCACUGCCAUGACUGGAGAUGGUGUGAAUGAUGCACCUGCUCUGAAAAAGUCUGAAAUUGGCAUUGCUAUGGGGUCAGGCACAGCCGUGGCUAAGACUGCCUCUGAGAUGGUCCUUGCUGACGAUAACUUUGCCACCAUUGUGGCUGCUGUGGAAGAGGGUCGAGCCAUUUACAACAACAUGAAACAAUUCAUCCGCUACCUCAUUUCCUCAAAUGUCGGCGAGGUGGUCUGUAUUUUCUUGACUGCGGCUCUGGGCUUCCCCGAGGCUCUGAUUCCAGUUCAGCUUCUGUGGGUGAAUCUGGUGACCGACGGUCUGCCUGCGACCGCGCUGGGGUUCAACCCACCCGACCUGGACAUCAUGAGCAAAUCCCCUCGCAAUGCCAGAGAACCCCUCAUCUCUGGAUGGCUCUUCUUCAGAUACCUGGCCAUUGGCUGUUAUGUGGGUGCUGGUACUGUAGGAGCUGCUGCAUGGUGGUUCAUUGCUGCUGAAGACGGACCCAGAAUCACCAUCUAUCAUCUGAGUCACUUCCUUCAGUGUGCGCCAGACAACCCCGAGUUUGAGGGCGUGAAGUGUGAAGUGUUUGAGUCUCCCUAUCCCAUGACCAUGGCACUGUCUGUACUAGUCACCAUUGAGAUGUGCAAUGCCCUCAACAGUGUUUCCGAGAACCAGUCUCUGCUUCGCAUGCCCCCCUGGGAGAACGUGUGGCUGCUAGGAGCCAUCUGCCUCUCCAUGUCCCUCCACUUCCUUAUCCUUUAUGUGGAACCCCUGCCGAUGAUCUUCCAGAUCACCCCACUGAAUGUGACCCAGUGGCUUAUGGUGUUGAAGAUUUCCCUGCCAGUCAUCUUGCUGGAUGAAGUGCUCAAGUUUGUGGCCAGAAACUACCUGGACAAGCCCAAAGACCUGGACGGUCCCAAGAGCAUGGCCUGCUCUCUCAGCGCCUGCAUGGAGGGCAUUUCCUGGCCCUUCGUGGCUCUCUCACUCCCCUUGGUGCUGUGGAUCUACAGCACUGACACUAACUUGGCCGAAAUGUUCUGGUCUUGACUGAAAUGAGCACUGAUGUGUGUAGCUAGUGUGCACGUGUGUCUGUAUGUAUGGUUGUGCGUUUAAAGUGUGCCUCCGCUACAGAGAAUGUGUACGAGAAGGACAGGAUUAACACGAAAAUAACCGUGAUAUAGAAAUAUAACCUUUUUUUAGCUGUCUGUUGGGGAUUGAGGAGACCAUACAGACCUGAAGUCUUCAAGUAUUAGUGACCAUUAAUAAUCUUUUUGGACUUCUUGUUGGUUUCUUUUUGUUAUUGCAUUUUUAAUUAAUCAUGUGUGUCAUGUCUCAUUUCAAACUAGUAUCAAUUAUGAUAAUAUCCAAUUUGUUUUGGCCCCAAAUCAUAUUCAAAUGGCUAAAUGGAAAAAGUGCUUGUGUACCGACAUUUAACACUAUUUUAUGCAAUUGUUCAUUUGUUAUUAUUUGUUCAAUUUGCUAACAGAGAGCAGAGUGGGUAGGGUAGAAAAAAGAGAGAGAACAAGACAGAACUGUUUACUAAUGUUUACCUUUUGUGUCUUCGGUGUGAACAUCGCUCAGAGCCAAUAGACAAGCAUGGCGUUUCAAAGCAGCAUGAGAAAGAGAGUGCGGGACUGAAUGUUUGAAUACUUCACGGUCAAAUCCUCAGAUGAAAGCUGCAUGUUCUGUAUUUUGCAUGCAUUUUGUGUGGUUUUUCACUUAUGAUUUGUACCUGUAUGUCUUUCCCUGUGUCUAAUAACUUCCAUUUGUAUGGGUAUACAUUGUGUUUCCAUUAUUACCUGACACUUUUGAUUAGUAAAGCCAGUUUUUCUGCACUAGGCGGAGUACAGCUACCUCAGGACUGUCAGAUUAGACUCUCUGGUUGCUUCCCCCCACUUAGCUUUACACCGCUUGUACACAUUAAUGCAUGAGGGGUGCCUCUAUUUGAUGAUAAACAGAACCCAGAUUCCUUUGGCCCUAACAAAUCUGUUUUAAGUUCUUUUUUUUCACUGUAUUUUUUAAUUGAAUGAAGUUGCAUUAACUUAAUUUAGGGGUUUUUGUUUUUGGGGAGGGGUGGGUUGGAUAAAAGCCGUAGAUGUUACCGUUUAGUGGGUUAAGGUCAGAGACAAAGGAGUAGAAAAUUUUACCAGCUAAGGUUUAGGUGUUGCAUUCAAAACAUGAAUUUUACAAUGCAAAACCAAAAUGUUUCAUGCUAUCAUUUUUUUUCUACUUAAUACACUCAUGAACCAUUUGAAUUAAAAUGCGUGUCUUCAUUUUA